AUGAUGAAAAGCUUGCCUGACCUUCCUGUCGAACUUCAAAGUUUGAUCUGCGGUCACUGCACACCCGAGACCCUCGCAUCUCUCUGUCUCACCUCCAAACACUUCCUCACCAUUACUAGACCGGCUCUCUAUCGUCACGUAACUAUCCAUUACAGAGGACGCACCCCCGGCGAACCACCACAAAGUCAAGAAGAAGUCCAAGACACGUAUGUCCUGUCUGAUGCAUCUUACGAACGUUUCCGAGCCACCGUCGUCAACUGUCCCCCUGUAUUCGGCUCACUUGUCAAAUCCCUCGAAUUGGGGAACCAUUUCAUGGACAGAAGGCGCUUUAACUCGAAGGGCUCUAUCUUAGAGAGUCUUGGAUCUUUAUUGAGCGUUCUCCCCAACCUCGCCCGCUUAAAGAUUUGGAUCUUGAGACCCGACGACGAGCUCGACAAAGCAUUGUUCUACGCUAGCCCUUCGCUGCGCGCCUUCUCUGCCAUAAGUUGGGCUCAUAUCACUCCCGACUUUCUCGCGUUUCUCCAGUCCCAUCCCCAGCUGCGCGAGUGGCAUGCCCGGUGGAUCAAUGAUGGAACGAUUAGCCCUGAGGGCAAGGCAUCCGCAACGGUCCCUCAGAUCGUAUUGGAAAGAAUCACUAUGUUCGCAACCAGUCUUCAUCCCCGCCCUCUGAUGCUCCUUGGCCAAAUGAAAAACCUCACACAUCUAUGUCUCAGACAUUAUAGUCCCACAAAUCUCAGGGGUCAGCGACACAUCACAAUCACCGAUGAACUCCAGAGGUCCGAGCUGAAUGCUUUGCGAGGUUGUGGAAGGAACUUGGUCAGCCUCGAUCUUUCAGAUGUACCCAUCUCGUGGGGAUCGCCUAUCCCUUGGACGGUCAAUCAGGUCCUUCCUUUGACACCAGCGCUUCGAUACCUUCGAGUGGGACAGGACUACGUUCGAGAGGACAAGCCGGGGUCCGCUUUGCUUCAAGCUCCCUUCACACGUGAGCCACUGAAACGCGAGUUGUUCACCGCCAAACCAGCCACACUUCCCCAGAACCUGCGUCUCAUGGUCGUGGACCUUCAGAAGAGUAAAAGAGUGAGAUUCGGUCCCGUACGUCGUGAAUACCCGGGGAGCGCGACGCUGUUGCGUACCGGUUUGAAGGACGCGAUGCUUUUGGGAAGCUUGAUGUCUUCGUUGGAGGAGUUUGGCUGUUAUUGCUAUCUGUUGCGAAGGGUAGGAGAGGAGUGGCUGGAUGACCCGGGCGCGCCGAGACGGUCGGAUGAUGAUUGGGGAGCCGGAGGCAUCGGUUUUGACUGA